AAGUCGCUCCAUCCCACCACCAUCAUCACCGUCGCCAUGGUCGUCGCUGUCCACACUCCUACACCGCCAGGCGGUGUCAAGUCUUACUAUCAGGCCAAGAUUGAGGCGGCCGAGAUUCUUAUUAACCAGAAAACACAGAACUUGCGCCGUCUAGAAGCACAACGAAAUGCUCUGAACGCUCGAGUCAGAUUACUUCGGGAGGAGCUUCAGCUUCUACACGAACCGGGUAGCUACGUUGGAGAGGUCGUGAAAGUCAUGGGGAAGAACAAGGUGUUGGUGAAGGUACAGCCUGAGGGCAAAUACAUCGUGGACUUUGACCAGGAAGUUGAUGUCGCCACUCUGACCCCGUCCCUUCGUGUUGCCCUUCGGUCCGAUUCAUACACCAUCCAUAAGAUCCUUCCAAACAAGGUCGAUCCUCUGGUCUCGCUCAUGAUGGUCGAGAAGGUUCCGGACAGUACCUACGAAAUGGUCGGUGGUCUCGACAAGCAGAUCAAGGAGAUCAAGGAGGUCAUCGAGCUUCCCGUCAAACAUCCCGAGCUCUUCGAGUCUCUUGGUAUCGCUCAGCCUAAGGGUGUUCUCUUGUACGGCCCUCCAGGCACCGGAAAAACCCUGUUGGCCAGGGCGGUGGCACACCACACCGAUUGCAGAUUCAUCAGGGUAUCUGGUUCGGAGCUAGUGCAGAAAUAUAUCGGAGAAGGUAGCCGGAUGGUCAGGGAGUUGUUCGUCAUGGCGCGGGAGCACGCUCCAAGUAUCAUCUUUAUGGACGAGAUUGAUUCCAUUGGAAGUUCUCGUGGAGACGGGGGGUCGGGAAGUUCGGAUUCGGAGGUGCAAAGGACGAUGUUGGAACUGCUCAACCAGCUCGAUGGGUUUGAGCCGACAAAGAAUAUCAAGGUUAUCAUGGCUACUAACCGCAUAGAUAUUCUUGACUCAGCACUUCUUCGACCUGGUCGUAUCGACCGCAAGAUCGAGUUCCCACCUCCUGGCCCCGAGGCACGCGUCGCCAUCUUGCGGAUCCACUCACGCAAGAUGUCUCUUCAGCGAGGUAUCAACCUUCGCGCGUUGGCGGAGAAAAUGGGUCAAUGUUCUGGUGCCGAAGUCCGCGGUAUAUGCACAGAGGCAGGCACGUAUAACCCUCUCACCCCACCUCCUUGUGAAGUAUCUCUCGCUUACUUGAUGUUUUUCGCUCCCAUAGGUAUGUACGCACUUCGCGAGCGCAGACAACAUGUUACCCAAGAAGACUUUGAGUUCGCUGUAGCGAAGGUUUUGAAGAAGAACCAGGAGGGAAAUACGUCUGUCAACAAGUUGUUCUCGUGAUCGGCCCAUUGUACCACUUCGGAUCGCUGUGUAUCUCUGUAUCUAUCACUUUCCUCUUGUUUGCUCCGUUCUGCGUUGCCGCCGGCAAGCUCUAGGGCUGGAGUCUUG